GUGUGUUUGUGUGUGUGUGUGUGUGCGCGCGUGUGAGUGUACGGUAUGUGACAUGAGGUACAUUCAAUGCCAGAGCAGGUGUUACGGCGACAUCUGUCACCCCUCAGAUUUGAUGUGUCACAGCCAUAGACUGUAUGGUCACAGCUAAAAGAAGACAGCAGCAACGUGUGCAAAGGGCAGUGAAGGAGAUGUCAGGUCAAGCAGCCAGAAGAACUCGUUGGAUUUGGAUGAAGAGAAAUAAUCCCAAAACAAAGUUCCUCCUCGAAGUGAAAGGGACAGCGGAUAUCCGGACCAUGGGGUUGUGACGGGAAAUCAGGCAGCCUCAGCUACGCUGUGGAGACGGACCAGCGAGAGCGCGCGGAAGGCAUCUUGAUUCUGGAACGCUACGCGCAUGCCCGGGACUGGAAGCGUGCACGCACCACGUACAAUCCUGGAGUAGUUUGAGAUCCUUGAAAGACUCUCAAGGCAGCAUGGCUCCCAAGGACAUCAUGACCAACUCACAUGCUAAAUCCAUCCUCAAUGCAAUGAACUCACUCCGCAAGAGCAACACGCUCUGUGAUAUCACUCUGAGGGUGGAGAACACAGAUUUCCCGGCUCAUCGUAUCGUCUUAGCUGCCUGCAGUGAUUACUUUUGUGCCAUGUUUACCAGCGAGCUUGCAGAGAAGGGGAAAUCUUUUGUUGACAUCCAGGGGCUGACUGCAUCGACGAUGGAAAUCCUGCUGGACUUUGUCUACACAGAGACCGUGUUAGUCACCGUGGAGAACGUACAAGAGCUGCUCCCUGCUGCUUGCCUGCUGCAGCUCAAAGGGGUGAAAAGAGCGUGUUGUGAUUUUUUGGAGAGUCAGCUCGAUCCCACCAACUGUUUGGGUAUUCGGGACUUUGCUGAGACUCACAACUGCUUGGACCUGAUGCAGGCUGCUGAGCUCUUCUCCCAGAAGCAUUUCUCCGAGGUGGUUCAGCAUGAAGAGUUCAUGCUGCUCAGCCAGACAGAAGUGGAAAAGCUCAUAAAAUGUGAUGAAAUCCAGGUGGACUCAGAGGAGCCUGUGUUUGAAGCCGUGUUGAACUGGGUCAAACACAACCGAAAGGAGCGAGAACCCUAUCUGUCAGACAUGCUGGAGUUUGUCCGAUUACCACUCCUGACCCCCCGCUACAUUACAGAUGUCAUUGAUGCCGAGCCCCUCAUACGGUGUAGCCUGCCAUGUCGAGACCUCGUUGAUGAAGCCAAGAAAUUCCACUUAAGACCCGAGCUGAGGAGUGAGAUGCAGGGCCCGCGCACACAAGCAAGAUUAGGUGCCAAAGAAGUCCUGUUAGUAAUAGGAGGGUUCGGCAGCCAGCAGUCACCGAUAGACAUAGUCGAGAAAUAUGAUCCAAAAACACAAGAAUGGAGCUUCCUUCCUAACAUCGCAAGAAAAAGGCGCUACGUCGCUACAGUCUCACUCCACGAUCGAGUUUAUGUGAUCGGAGGCUACGACGGUCGCUCGAGGCUCAGCUCUGUGGAGUGUCUGGACUACACGGCAGACGAGGACGGAGUGUGGUACACCGUCGCCACCAUGAAUGUAAGACGUGGCCUCGCUGGAGCCACAACACUCGGAGAUAUGAUUUACGUCGCUGGGGGUUUCGAUGGCAGCCGGCGUCACACGAGCAUGGAGCGAUAUGACCCGAACAUUGACCAGUGGAGCAUGCUGGGAGAUAUGCAGACAGCCAGAGAAGGGGCAGGUUUAGUGGUGGCUAGUGGACUCAUAUACUGUCUAGGUGGAUACGACGGACUAAAUAUCCUGAACUCAGUGGAGCGGUACGACCCACACACAGGCCACUGGACGAGUGUGACCCCCAUGGCCACCAAGCGGUCAGGAGCUGGCGUGGCUUUACUGAAUGAUCACAUCUACGUAGUGGGAGGCUUUGAUGGAGUGUCACAUCUGGACUCUGUGGAAGUUUACAACAUCAGAACAGACUACUGGACCACAGUCGCCAGUAUGACCACUCCGAGGUGUUAUGUAGGAGCGACAGUUCUCCGAGGACGUCUCUACGCCAUCGCUGGCUAUGAUGGGAACUCUCUCCUCAGCAGUAUCGAAUGUUACGACCCGGUGAUCGACUCCUGGGAGGUUGUCACGUCCAUGGCAACGCAGCGGUGUGACGCCGGAGUCUGCGUUCUACGAGAAAAGUGAUCUUUGCCAAGAAGAAGAAGAACCUCAAGAAGAACCACAGACAGAAGAACAGGCAGCUAGACUUUGCUAAAAUGCCACUAAAACAGAGCCACAGAGGGGGAUGUUUGCUCGCCAGUAUGCAAAUAAAAGGUACUCUGAAAAUGAAGUGCAGCCGUUUGAAACGCCUCCUCUGCAGGAUGGUUGAACCUCAACGCUAAGACUGUGCAACAGAGAUUCAGCUUCACCCCGGUAGAUGUCAUCUCAAAAGAGGCCUCCAAGGAGCCCACCAUCACAUGCAUGACUCUCUUCGGUGGUACUUGUUGCUGUCGUUACCUGUGAGAUUAUUUUUUCAGUUUGUCUUCAAAGUGCAAUAUAUUUCUACUCAUCAUGAGGAAAGUAUAAGAAGGAGCCGAUGUAGACUCCGGUUGCUGCUAUUCGCCUUAUGACUUUGGCCUACAUUGAACAUCCACGCUGCCAAUCAUUGAUAGUGACAGUACAUUGGCUUCUUAUCGAGUGUACUCUUUGGCAUUGCGAGGUCAUUAAUGGGUCAGUAAUUCAGCCCUUUUUGUAAUUCUUCCUGUAAACUGUGCUUUUAGAUUUAAAUCACUUUAUCAUAAAAGUUUAAUUCUUAUUGUUGCUCUCAGAAUAUAUAUUUAGAGAUAAAUAUCGUUUUAGAAAAAUGACUGAAUUGUAACAGUUGAUUCUUUGUCCUUCCAUUCAGCACAAAUGCUAAAUCGCAAAGUAUUAAGUAUGAGGUGCAUGUGAUUUGAUUUCACAUUUCUCAGCUUAUGGAUUUGGACAUGAAUGUUAGGACACAAAGUCAUGACAUCACUGUUGCCUGGGAAGUGAAUAAACACACUGAGAAUUGAAA